CUGUUCCCUAUGUAUGUGUUCACAUUUGGUAAUCCCUCCAAGCCACCCCAAAUGUAAAUGCGAUGCAAUAGAGAGAGAGAAUCCCCCAAAACGCAGAGAGGGAAUUUAAUCUUUGUUGUCGUUAAUGGCGACUGGUUGGGUCAAAUCGUUACAAUGCAAAUCGAGAGCCUUCGAAGACGUUUACCACCCAAACCCGAAGAAACUCAACCACUUGCUCGCCUCUUCGAGUUGCAGAAAGAGCGUUCAGAACCUCAAGGACGUCGUCGACACCACCAAGAAGAAGCCCAGAAAAUCAAACCCACCAUCGCCCAACCUUCCAUCCAGUCUCAGACAUUCAGGAGCACCCAGUAAAGCUGAAUCCGGUUCAAACCCAUCGAACCGCGUUCGACGCAGUGUCUCCUCUCGUCCUGCCCGAACGCCGGAACCCUUUUUUCCGUCGUUGACGGAGCUGCCUGAGGGACACCCAUCUCGCAAUGUUGUGGAGAUAAUCUUCCACACGAGCUGGUCGCCUAAGGUAUUCUCCGGUCAGAUCGAUAUGAUGUUCAAGGUUCAACACCUGCCCAAGACGGUAGCUCGGUUCGAAGAGUAUAGAGAGAUGGUGAAGUCUCGUGCUAGUGGAGGCAAUCGGAAUAGCGACACCAGCAGCGGCGGAAGCAGCAGUAGUAGUAGUAGAGAGGAUGAUGAUGCGCGGUGUGUUGCGGAUGGAAAUGAGUUGAUGAGGUUCCACUGCCUGGGCCCCACCAAUGGUUGGAUCUAUGACGCCGGUGGCAUGUGUACCUUUUCCGGCAAAGAUUCGGCUAUAUGUACUUUCUCCGGCAGCGGAGUAGCUCACGAGUGCGCCGGCGGAGGGAAAGGUAGGAGGGCUAUGUUGGUGUGCCGAGUCAUCGCAGGUAGAGUGUGUAAGCAGCUUGGGCUUGGGUUGCAGCUGAACCACUUUUUGGAAGGCCGAGUUGGGUUUGACUCGGUGAGUUGGGACAAUGGAGAGCUCCUGGUAUUUGAUUCCCGGGCGGUAUUGCCUUGUUUUCUUAUCAUCUAUAAAUUAUAAA